AUGUCGCAGCUGCUCAAGGGCCUUAUUGACUCGACCUCGAUUUCAAAAGCCCCAAUUAUCGCGCUUUGCUUCGACUGUCUCCUUCUACGAGCUCGAACCCUCACGGCCGAAUACAAUGAGUUGCAAAAAACGCUAAACGAUGCCUUUGACACGACCAAGGCGAAGCGAUUCGGCGAGCUGCAGCGCGUGGCGACGGCGCUGAAAGACUGGGAGACGGCAAACGCAGCCAUCGCGGAGCUGCAGAGCAUGACCCAAGAUCCCGACCAAGACGCCGACUUGGCGGCGCUCGCACGCGAUGAGCUCGAUGCCGAGAGUUCCAAGCUGCAAAGCCUGGAACGGAACCUAUCCGUCAGCCUGACGCCGCAGCACCCGUUCGCCGAGCUCCCCUGCAUGCUGGAAAUCCGACCCGGCCCGGGCGGUCUCGAAGGCCGCUACUUUGCCGACACCGUGUUCAAGAUGUACAAGGGCCUGUGCGCGCGCAAGGGCUACCGCAGCAAGGUGGUCAAGUACGACCUCGCCGACGGCGCCGGCGACCAGUCCUCCGCCGACGGCGAGCUUCCCCUGCAGGAAGCCAUCCUGGAGAUCGAGGACGCCGGCGCGUACCGCACCUUCCGCGCCGAAGCAGGCAUGCACCGCGUACAGCGCAUCCCCAGCACCGAGAGCAAAGGGCGCGUGCACACGAGCGCUGUCGCUGUGUGGGUGCUCCCCUCCUUCCCCGAGGAUGCCGCCGGUGACGAGACGGACUUUGAGAACCCGGAAAGCGACUUCUACGUGGACCCGGCCGAGGUGAAGGUGGAAACGAUGCGGGCGCGCGGCGCGGGCGGGCAGCACGUCAACAAGACGGAGUCGGCGAUCCGGAUGACGCACCUGCCGACGGGCACGACGGUGUCGAUGCAGGACCACCGGUCGCAGCACCGCAACCGCGAGGCCGCGUGGAAGCUGCUGCGCGGGCGCAUCGCGGGGCUGCGGGCGGAGGCGCGCGAGGAGGAGGCGGCGCGCCUGCGCGACAGCGUGCUGUCGACGCGGCGCAUCACGCGCGGCGACAAGAUCCGCACGUACAACUACAACCAGGACCGGUGCACGGACCACCGCGCGGCGACGGAGGUGCGCAACUUGCAGGGCGUGCUGGCGGGCGGCGAGGGGCUGGAUAAGGUGAUGGAUGCGGGCAGGGAGUGGCUGGUCGGGAGGGAGGUCGAGGGGCUGGUCGCGGAGGAGGAGGUCAAGGCCAAGGCGGCGAUGGGUGGCGGUGGGAAGUAG